AUGUAUAUGAAGCCCAAACCGUUGCUAUCUUUUAAAAGAACCCCGAGAUUACUUUUUACAAACAAAAUAGGAAGAUAUUUUCGUGAUGGCCUUGUUCUUGGGUCUGUUGUUUCUUUUCGAGGUUUUACGGUACAGUACCUCAUUUGCGCGCCAUACAUUAGCGCUCCAUACCCGCCUUCAGUGUGCACAAAACAGCAACCAAACUUGGCUGAAAAAAUGGCCAAGCUGGUUAAUAUUGAAAACUAUAUUGGGGGUGAAUUCAUUGCUUGCAAUUCACAUCUAGAUAGUUUUGACCCUUCGACUGGCAAAGUAUGGGCUCGUAUUCCAGACAGCAGUAGUAAUGAAGUGGACCUGGCUGUGGCCGCCGCAAAGAAUGCAUUUCCAAGUUGGUCUGCUACAACAGCUAAUGAGAGAUGCACAAUCCUAAACAAGAUUGCAGAUUUGAUUGAAGCGAAUCUAGAGAAGCUAGCCCAAGCAGAGUCGCAGGAUCAAGGCAAACCAGUCUCUUUGGCCAGGGCUGUAGACAUUCCAAGAGCAGUGCAUAAUUUCCGAUUCUUCGCAACAGCAUUCCUACAUACUUACAACAAGUCCACUGUCUUGGAGAAAUCAGACGCAGUUAAUUACACGACUCGUUCACCUAUUGGGGUGGCUGGCCUAAUCUGCCCAUGGAACCUUCCACUUUACCUUUUGACGUUCAAGGUGGCACCUUGUAUUGCUGCUGGUAACACAUGUGUCUGCAAACCAAGUGAAUUCACCUCUGUUACAUCUUGGAUGCUUGCCAAAUUAUUUAACGAAGCAGGCCUACCACCAGGUGUUGUGAACUUUGUUUAUGGGACCGGACCUAAAGCAGGAGAAGCCCUUGUUAGUCACCCAGAUGUUCCCAUUAUCUCGUUCACAGGUGGCACCAUGACAGCCCAAAAGAUCAUCGAAGCAAGUGCACCAUAUUGCAAGAAGCUUUCGUUAGAGCUUGGAGGGAAGAAUCCUGCAAUUGUGUUUUCUGAUGCAGAUCUUGACAAGUGCAUCAAUCGUGCAGUUCAGUCUAGCUUCGCCAACCAAGGGGAGAUUUGUCUCUGCAGCAGUAGGAUCUAUGUCCAGGACUCAAAUUGAGUCAUAUUAUUUUCUUCAUUUCUUGUUUGUUUGAUUGAAUAUUUGAUUGCUUUAUUGAUUGGUUCUUGCAGGAAAAUUGUAGUAGGCAAUCCAAAAGACUCGGCAACUACUAUGGGAGCAUUGAUCAGUGAGGAUCAUUGUGCUAAGGUCAGGGGUUACGUGCGUAUAGCAAAAGAAGAUGGAGGCAAAAUAUUAAUUGGCGAUACUGUAGAUGAGCUGACAUUACCUAAAGAAAAUGAACAGGGCUACUUCAUGUUGCCAACCAUCAUUACAGGCUUAGAUGACCAGUCAAGAUGCAUGCAGGAAGAGAUCUUUGGGCCUGUAGUUUGUAUCCAGUCAUUCGCAACUGAGAAGGAGGCCAUUGAUAGAGCCAAUGGAGUGAAGUAUGGCCUAUCAGCAAGUGUGUGGACAACAGAUGUAGGAAAAACACAUCGUGUAGCCCAGAAAUUGCAGGUUGGUACAGUGUGGUCCAACUGUUGGUUAGUACGUGAUCUCAUGAUGCCUUUCGGUGGAGUAAAGGCAUCUGGCAUUGGUCGUGAGGGUGCAAAGGAAUCUUUAGAAUUUUACACAGAAGCAAAAACAAUAUGUAUUAGCUACUCAUAGUCAACUCAGUAAUAAAGAAUCAGAGCAGGGACGUAAAUAUGCAUAAGCACAUGUUACACAUAUGAGGCAUGUUGUGGCAAAAUGUCUAAGUUGUAGCAAAAAUUGAAAUUCAAGUUGUUGGUAUUUUCAGAUACCUGAGUAUGUGAUCUUUAAAAUGAGGGUCAUUUAUUGAAAUUGGAGUCUAAUGGGUUAUCCUGGAAUCUAAUAGGUUAUCCUGGAAUCUCAUUAUACUAUAUUUAGUUUUAUACAUAUUACAUAUUUUCCUUUUCUGUUUUUGAGGUAAAAAAUGAAUAAUUUCAAAUUAAAACAAUGGGAUCCAGGGGGAAAACACAAGGCUUCAGAAGUUUCAUGAGCUCCAGUUUUUUUAUAUGGCCACAGCAGGAAUAAAAAAAAAAGCAGGUUGGUACAAACAGAUGAAACACAUAUAUAAAUAAUCCUGUACUAGACGGGAAUUGAACCCAGUACCCCUGGGUCCCUGGAAUUGGAAGGUAAGCACCACCAAGCUACACCUCCAUGUUUGAUUUAUGUUGGCUUUUGUGUUAGGAAUAGAAACUCGCAUAGAGGUGAUGACAAUAAUUGGCCUAAAGGAUGUUUGGAUUUCUAAAGAAUCUAAGGAAGCAGUACACAAAGGGAGGAAGCGAGAACCAGGUUUUGAUGUUGCUCUGUAUCUUAACUGUUCUUUGACAGUGUUCUAAUAAAAAAAAAACUGAGACAGAA